AUAUAGUUCAUUAAAACGGUAUUAUUACGUUUUCUAGUUAAUUUUUACGGGUAUUAAAAAUGUUGUUAUUUUUUGCUAACGAAUGUUAUGUUAAACUUUAUGUAAUUUUAACCUUUUAGUGACGAUUUUUUUUCAUAUUUUCUUUUAUCAGUAUUGCUAAAUUAUUAUCUUUUAAAUCUAAUGUUUCAUAGUUUUUUAUAAGUAAUUUUAAGAAUUAUUAUUGUAUUAUUGUUAAUUUUGUGCAUUCAAGUGCUUAAAUUUACUCAUCGUUUGUCAAUGCCAAUUCUAAUUAUAAAUUAAUUCCUAAUAUCAAAAUCAUAUGAGAUGGCUGAUCCAGAUCAAAGUCAAACCAAUUUAGGAACUACAACCACUUAUCAGAAUUGGCAACAUAUUAAUUGGAAUUAUGCCAGCUAUAACACUGCACAACCUAUGUAUAAUAUGAAUAAUUAUUAUCCUCAAUGUUUUAAUCAGCCACAAUACCAAAGCUUUCCGAGUCAAUCAUUGAGUUAUAACUUUAAACCAUUUAUAAAUGGAGGAGCAUUAGAAACUUCAAAUUUUGCCCAAAAGAUAAAUAUAACAGAAAAUCCACCACCUUUACCAAGUGAACCAGCUCCAACUAAACCAUCUGCACCUCAGUUUAGUGUUGAUGAUAUUGAUAAACUACCACCAUUACCACCUGGAUCACCUCCUCCAAUUUCUAAAAUUUGUGAUGUACCACUUCCAUCUGCAUCAAGUAUUCCAGUAUCCAAUUUCAAUUUACCUCAGAUGCCUCAAUCUAAAAGUGGCCGUAAAAAAUGGAGGAAAAAACAGCGAAACUUAAUGGAAGCCAUAGCAGCUAAUAAUCAACCAAAUAUUAAUAAUAUAAAUACUCAUAAUUUUUUACCAAUAAAUUUUAUCCCUUCUCUACAAACCAAUCCUCCCAGCUCAAAAUCAUUAAAUAAUAGUAUUACUUAUCCAUUUACUCCUAUUGUACCUGUCAAGCCACCAAUACCAUCUCUACCUGCACCUGUGGUAUCACCAGUAAUAAAAAAACCUAAUGGUUUUGAUUUGCCUGAAAAUUGUCCUAACAGCUUAAGAGAGUACAUCACAAAAUGUCAAGAAAAAUGUGUUAAUAAAUUGGACCGAGAUAGAAUGGAUAUCAUUUUAAAAGGAAAAAUAACCAAUGCCAAUCAUGAUGGAUCAUUAUGGAUCAAAGAUUGGUCAAAAGAACCAAUGCCUAUGUUAUUAAGUGAAAAUAUUUCAGUAAGUCCAAAUCAAGAAAACAACAAGAAUAAAAAUUCAAUUAUUAAAAUGCAAUUUAAAAAGUCAACAAACAAUUUUGUCAAUUGUUACUUUACUUCUAAAUUUAAAUCAAAUUUGUCUCAGUCUUCAAAUAAUGUUGAAUCUAAUAUCGAUUCUAGUAAAAAAAGUAGUCCUUUACAAGAGAAUAAGAGGCAAAACAGUGAUGAUUUUAUACCAUUAGUUCUUGAAAAUGAUGAUAAUAAUAAGAAAACUAAAUAUAAUAAUAAAAAAAAAAAAUUAUACAAUGAAGAUGCUCAUAUGUAUCAACAAUAUGGAUCUAUAGAUAAUAAAAUUAGUUGUGAUAAAAAUUUACUUAAUAAGCGAGCAGCACGAUUUUCAUCACAAAGCAGUCCAAAAAAAAAACCUCGUCAAUUAUCUAAAAGUGAUUUUAAUACACAAAAAAUGUUUUCAUUGGAUGAUGAUGAAUUUAGUAUUGACUCAUGCCAUAUUGUUGGUACUUGCACAGAUCUAGAAAAAAGAUACUUGAGAUUAACUGCGGCACCAGAUUCUGAUGCUGUUAGACCUUUACAUAUUUUAAAAAAAUCUUUACAAAAUGUCAAAUCUAAAUGGAUGAUUAAUGCAGAUUAUCAUUAUACUUGUGAUCAGUUAAAAUCUAUUAGACAAGAUUUAACAGUUCAAGGAAUAAGAGAUCCUUUUACAGUUGAAGUAUAUGAGACUCAUGCUAGAAUAGCUUUAGAAAAAAGUGAUAUGGGCGAAUUCAAUCAGUGUCAAACACAGUUAUGUGAUUUAUAUAAAGAACUAAAAGAAAGUAGUACAGCUCAGAAGAAUCGUAAUGAAUUCCUUUGUUACAGCAUACUAUAUUGUAUUUAUACACGAGCAUUAAGUGAAUUGAAUGAAAUACUUCUGACUAUAAAAGAAUCAAAUAUUAAAGAUGAAUGUAUUGAAUUUGCAUUAAAAACUAAAAAUGCUUGGUGGUUAAGUAAUCAUAUUCAGUUGUUUUCUUUAUAUAAAGUUGCACCAAAAAUGGCUUCUUAUUUGAUGGACAUGUUUUUAGCGAGAGAGCGAAAAAACUUCUAUUUGGCUAUUGCCAAAUCUUACCGUCCAACUAUACCAAUAUCGACUAUUCAAGAUCAAAUGGCUUUCAAUAAGCGAGAGGAUUGCCUAGCUUUUCUUAAAGAUACUGGUGCUGUAAUUUCUACUGAUAACGAGAACAUCGACUGCAAAGCAAGCUGCGGUACAACCGAAGCUUGACUUUCAGAAUGGUUUCGUUCAUAAACCUUCAUAAUUAUAUUAAAUGUAAAUAACAAGUCUUCGAUGAUUUGUCAUCAUAGAAAAUUACCACAGUGAACCAAAACUUUGAAUUCUACUUCUAUGCUAUUUCUGGCUACAUCACUACACUUAAUCUGAGGGCUAAAAAAUUAUUUUAACAUGCUAAUUACAAACAUAUAGGUAUUAUGUAUUUUGGAAAAUCUUCACAUUAAGGAAUAAAUUAUUUGAUGAGGUUUUCCUUUUGUUAAGUCAAUGAUGUAACAUCCCCCAUCAUUAUUUUACUGAUCAUAAACAGUUACUGAUUAAGAAUCUAGUUGUUUUAAAUAUUGUCAAAAUGUAUCAAAGAAAAUAACAAUUUGACUUAUUUUAUCUACUAUCGGAAAAUUUUAUUUAACUACAACUCACCACACUAGCUGUAAAUGGACUUAAUUGUCAAAGAAAAUUUAAUCAAUCAAGAUCAACUGUUAAGACCUAAAGUUAUUUCGUUUUUAUUUCGAAAAUUUAAUUAGGUAAGUAAAGGUUAACUGGUUAUUCAGUCAAGAUUCUUCAAAAAUAUCCUUGAAAAUUGGAAGAAAAGUGUAGUCAGUUAUGCAAUAUUAUUGACUGUUGAUUCAUAUUGCUUUUUUCUGUGUAUAAUGUGUACACAGGAAUAACAACAACUUAUCUGUUUUUUUCCUACAUCCAGUAACUCAAUAAUAAUCAUUCUAACAUGUUAAAAUCUUUAUUAUUGGAAUUUAAAUCAAGGUCUUUAAAAACAAUUCGACAAUGGAUAAUAUUGAAAUUUAAGAUUAUUAAAUUUGACUAUAUUUCAGUGUUCCCCUUCAUAUGACCUCCAAAAAGUAAUGUAAUGUAAUCAGUGGUACAAUAUAUCUGUAUAAUUUAGUCAAUAUGAUUAUCUGUAUGAUUUUUAUUUAAUUACAGGAACAUUAAAGAGGUAAUUGUGUGACAAAAAUAUUUUUAUAACAAUAUUUAAAUGAUCGUACUGAAUAGUUUUUAAUUUAGUCUUUUAAAGUAGGAUAAAUAUUCAGAUUAUUUAGUUUGUGGUUCUUUUACAUGUAAUUUUCGAAGACUUUUUCAAUUAAUAUUUAUUAAA